AUGAUUCUAACGGCUUUACAUGCACACCCAGGCGAGUCUCAACGCCUGCAGCAGCGUCAGGCAAGGGAGUCUCUCAUCGACAGCUUCAGGAUUGGCUGUACUCUGAAGAAGCGAUGGACAUUGAGUCUUGUGAGAGAAGGCCGUCGCAUGCAAUUAGAAGAGAGUAUUGCGUAUACAAGGAAAAUGAAAGAGUUUAUAGAGACCUGCAAAGAAUGGCGAGUCGUCUGCGUGUGGCUCGGCCAGGAAAAUCGUGCCGCGUGGCCAUCUCAGCCGCAGCCGCCGCCGCACCCGUCGUCUCGCGUGACGGAAGUGUCUUCGAGCAAACUGCAAGCAAUGCUUUCCCUGGGGUUGUAUAAACGGCGGAAUUUUAGAGAGGUUGUGGGUUCCUUGCGCGCGCGCGAACACGAACUUUCUCUCCGCCAACCGGCGACGAUGUAUUCUGCGCGAGACGAACGCUAUCGCCACCUUUUCUCGGGGGCUUCUUUCAGAAUGCUCCGGGCGAUGUGGGAUCACGAUGAGAAGGCCGAAGCAGAAACUUCCGCGUUCCUCAAGCUCUUCACCCCCAGUCGCCAAAAUAUUAGCAGGAGCAGUCUCGGCUGCAUUUACUACGAGCCUCUGGAUGACUGGAUCCCCAACAGCGAUAACGAGGAGACUCCUCUGUGA